GAUUACCUGUAACCAAGUUACUUUCCAAGACUACUCGUUAGCACCAAAAGGAUUACAACCGGAAGGUUGCAGUAACUGCUCUAUGGAAAGAUUUUUCGGAAUCUGUCACAGGAAUGUUUCUUGGUUCGUUCUUUUAACAGAUGGUUCGUCGUGGACUUUCUCGUCUUUUAAGAUGGCCAAAAAUGUGUGAACCAGCAUUGAAAUUCUUUUUGCGACUUUAUCGUUGUAGGACAACGUUCGCCAAAUAUUUGAGAGGAGCGUUUAUUGAACAUUCACUCAUCUACGAGCCGACCCGUGAUCCUAAAAAUAAAUCUUGGAGGCCUUUCUUGGCGCAGUCGUCGGAGAACGUAAACCGUUCUUUGAUAAGCGGGUGUGUUCUCGGUUGCUGUAGUUAGUGCUUCAAGAACGCUGCGUCCGAACGGCGAGACAGGGUUAAAAGGUGAUGGGGUCCGGAUGAUGGUUAGCACUAAAUAGGUGACGGAAAGGCGAAGAUGAGUUGUCGAAGGACAAGUACCCGACAAAGGGGGCCUUGUGCCCGGCGUACCAUCAGCAGGGAGUUAAGUGUCGCAUCAUCCACGUCCAGCUUCAAGAGAGGAAGCUUCAAAGGGUCCCACGCGUCCUUCGCUAUGGACGACGAACCUUCUGCGCCACCCUUGGAACUGAUGGACAAAGUUGGCGGCUACGAGGAAGCAUCCUUCGACGCCGUGGAUGUUCCACCGCCCUACGACACGACAACGCCUGAACCGGACCAAGGCCCCAAACGCGAGCCAUUACCAAGCACUCCGCAGGUGACGGAGCAAGAAGCCCGGCAAGCCUUAAUCAAGCGCGUGUCUGCUGAAUGCUGCUAUGGAAAGGCCUGCGCCAAAGACAUGGCCAUUACCAAGAUUGAGCACACCUCUGCCUUCCACUACACCCUGGAGACGUUCACUGAGAAGCGACAAACAUCGUGGUGCUUUGAACCAUACAAUGGGGGACCAGUCGACGGGCCUUUGGAAGGCACAGCACCAGGCCCGUGGGACGUUAGCGUACCCACCCCAGUCAGCUUCCAGAGCCACGUGGCAUCGGUGGAGGUGCCGCACACGGCCUCAGUCAAGACUUGCCACACCUGCGGAGGAGUGGGACGCAAGCGAUGUGCCACCUGCUCAGGAAACGGAUAUGAACAAUGUAAUUACUGUCAAGGAGACGGACACAAGAGAGGCCUCUCUGGUGACAACGACCGUUGCUUUCAAUGUCACGGCAUGGGACGAAAACGGUGCUGGAAGUGCAACGGUGAUGGCAUCGCUUCCUGCAGAGCCUGCUCAGGGACAGGCCAGAUCAAAUGCUACAUAAAGCUAACGGUCAUCUGGUCCAAUCGAGUGGAUGAUCACGUGGUAGAGCACUCCUUUGUACCAGAUGACCAAAUCAAGUUUGUCUCUGGGCAGCUAGUUUUCGAAGAACAGAAUGCCAGGAUAUGGCCGAUCAACCAUUUUCCUGACACUACAGUCAAUAUGGCUUCUGUACAGCUGGUCCAAAAGCACGCAUCUGCAUUUAAGUCGGAGAAGAUCGUCAUGCAGCGGCAACGAGUGCGAGUGAUCCCCGUUUCAACAGUUCACUACGAGUGGAAAUCGACGACGGGAAACUUCAGCGUAUUUGGUUACGAGCGCAAGGUCUAUGCCCCAGACUAUCCUCAGACGUGCUGCUGUGGCUGCUCCAUUCUCUGAGAGAGAGAUUGUUGUCCGAACACUCAUCCUGGUUGUAUUAACUUCCUCUCAUUGGAUGUGUUGUUUCCAUCAAUGUCACCAACCACACUGUGUAUCAAUUUACAGAAAGAUGGUGUUUGGACGAGAAUACUCGGCCCGAUUAUUCCGGGCAUUGCUCAUUCCAGUUUAUAUUUGAAAAAAAAAAUGUUUGUGUGACUUACGUUUUGUCCCAGGAUGUACCCUCGAGAGACGAGUGUGCCGACACAUAUAUUAUGUCCACCCUUAAAUAUAGUCUGGAAGACGUUUUUUCGAGUGCCAAGAACACUACUUGUCAAUGCAGCCUAAGUUACGUCAAACAUGCGUGUUGAAUCCAAAGUGUAAAGUUUAGCGCAAUUUGUGUUGCAACUCUCACAGUGCUUUGUUUGGCCAUUUGUAGGUUUGUAGCCAAGUCUCGUAUGUGUCGGCAUUUGUGUGUGAGUAAAUACAGAAAGCUGUCAUUCUCACAUUCAUAUAGUGCUUUGUAGUCAAUUGUGGGAUGAAGGGCUGUGUUCCACGCGCAAGUUAUAACAUGAAAUGGAAUGUGUUCGUUUACUGGCAAACGUUUUUAACAUCUACAGUGUAGAUUGUGAUUGUGUGUGAUCCAGAUGAGGUGUCAUUUCCUCGAUUUGUCACGAAGCACCCAUUUUUUCUCGUGCCGAUCUCCAAAUUGUGCAUCUGUCACCCCAUCAGCGAGUUACCCCAAAGAGACCGCGGAGCUCUAUCUGCUUGGAACAGCCGUUCAUAUUUCCUCACCCCAUUAUUAUUUAAAAUUAUCAUCCCACUUUUUGGGGCCUUCAAAGCACGGGAAGUCAAUCACUUCUGGAGAGUGACUCCUAUUUUCUCAACCUUCUGUUUCUAAGCCUGCAUUUUCAUAUUACCCGCCAAUAAAAUUUGUCUUUCCAUCGGACUUUAAAUACAGGA